GUGUUGUAAGCAAGCUUGUUCUCACUGUAGGAUUUACACUUUUACAGCGGAGGAGAAGAAUUAAAAAAAAAACUAGGGUUGAAAGAUGAAACCUGAUAUAGAAAGAGGAUAAGAAGAAGAAGUGACGCGUGGACGGUUGUGAUGCAAAGUUAAAGGAACGGUCAAGAUUAAAACACGAGAAUGCUGGCGUUUAAAAGAAGAUGACGACUCUCAUACUUUUCUGUUAUCGAAUAAUUGUUGAAGUCUUAUUUUUUCCUCUUUCCAGAAUUCUCUAGAACUCUCUAGAACCUUUGAUUCACCCUCUGUGAAGGACGUUGUUCUUGCAAGUGGUUGAUGAACAGAUCGUAAUUUAUCAUUAUCAAAGGUAUCAGAGCUAAGACAAUCCUCGGAAAUGGUGGUAGCAACUCACGCUCAGGAGAUCGCCGCGGCGAGGGAUGAGAAAGCACCCGUAACGGAGGAAACGACGGAAUCGCGCUUUGAGAAGAUUGAAAAUAAGCUCGAUGCUCAGAACGCGAAGAUUGAGAGGCAUAUCCGAGAUGUUUGAAGAGAUCAAUAUGCUCUCUGCAUCGAAACAGUCAUACCCACCGGAGCAUCAGCAGACACCGCGUUUCUCUUCUGCUUCAGCGUCAGAUUUUGAAACCGGACGUCGAUCUGGUAACGCUUCUCAUUAUAAUACGGUGAGGAGACUGGGUAAGUUGGAUUUCUCUAGGUUUUGUGGUGAUAGAGUGCAGGACUGGUUAUUCAAGGUGGAGCAGUUCUUUAAAGUGGAUCACACACCCGAUGAUUCAAAAAGUUCAACGGUGUCUAUUCACUUAGAUGGGUUGGCUGCUCAAUGGCAUCAAAACAUGUUAGCAGAUGAAGAGAACGUGUUAGAUUGGCCUACAUACAGAUCGCGAGUGAAGGAGAGGUUUGAAGAGGUUUGUGAGGAUCCGAUCUCAGAGUUAAAGAAGUUACAGGAGACGGAGGGCAUUGUGGAGUAUCAUGCAAAGUUUGAAGCAAUCAGAACUCGAGUAAGGCUUCCAGAAACUUAUUUAGUAAGCGCUUAUUUGGUUGGUUUGCGCCUUGACACUCAGAUGCAUAUAAGGAUGUUUGAACCACAAUCUAUAAGGCAAUGCUUGAUGUUGGGGAAGCUCUAUGAAACAGCACACCCACACAAAAGUUCUGGCAAUUCUUGGGUGGCAAACAGGUCAACAAAUAAAGGUCAUGUGCCCUUCAAGAAGAACACAGAGCAACAGGUUACUAAAACCGCCUUCCAAGAGAAGACUCGUGACCAAGUUCAGCCACGACGUUUCUUGUCGACAGAGGAGAUGAGUUCAAGGAGGGCUAAGGGCUUAUGCUACUUCUAUGAUGAGAAGUAUACCCCUGAGCACUACAAAACCCACAAGAAAGCUCAGUUGUUUAUUCAGGACGUGGAUGAAGGGAUGGAAGAGGUUUUCUUGGAUGCAGAAGAGGGUUAAGAGGAGCCUGAGGGAGAAGUUGCUCACUUCUCAGCUCAUGCAAUAGAGGGGAUUUCUACUUAUAACACAAUGCGGGUUAAGGGAACUCACAAUAAGAAAUCAUUCUUUAUGUUAGUGGAUUCGGGUUCCAUGCAUAACUUUAUGGAUCCUCACACUGCAAAAGAUUGGGUUGUUCCUUGUUGCCAAGCAAUAAUGCUAAAGUGAGAGUAGCAGAUGGUUACAACCUUCAGGUGUUGGCUAAGAUUGCAAGGUUUGGAUGGGAGAUUCAUGGUACUAAGUUUGUUGCAGAUUUCAUGGUCAUACCACUGAAGGGCAUUGAUGCAGUAUUAGGGAUACAAUGGCUUAAACCGCUGGGACCUAUCACAUGGGAUUUUACACUGUUAACAAUGAAGUUUCUCUGGGAAAAGAAGAAGGUGAAAAUUCAUGGGGUGCAGCCAGAGUCAGUCCGUUCUGUUAAAAUGGAAAAGCUGAAUAAACUAAAAUGGGAAGAUAUUCAGUUGUCUAUGUUGUGUGUUACUCAGAAAAUAGAAGAAGAAGAGGAGUGCUUAUUAUCUGCUAUAACAACAGAAGAGACACAAACAACAAAGUUAACAUCAACCUCUAUGUUAUUGGAGGAGUUUGUUGAUGUGUUUGCAGAACCACAGGGACUGCCUCCUUUCCGCAAACAUCAUGACCAUAAAAUUCAACUGAUGGAGGGAGCAAACCCAGUAAACAUGAGACCUUAUAGAUACGCAGUUGAAUAGAAAGAUGCCAUCAAAAAGUUGGUAAAGGAUAUGCUAGCUGAAGGUCUUGUGCAGCCAAGUUCUAGUCCCUUUGCUUCUCCAGUGAUAUUGGUUAAGAAGAAGGAUGGUACUUGGCGUCUCUGUGUCGACUACAGAGGGUUAAACAAUAUCACUAUUAAAGACGGUUUUCCUAUUCCCCUGAUAGAGGAUUUAAUGGAUGAGUUGGGUGGCGCAGUGAUUUUUUCGAAAUUGGACUUAAGAGCAGGGUAUAUCAUCAAGUGAGGAUGGCAGUGGAGGAUAUUCAUAAAACCGCUUUCUAAACUCAUAGUGGUCAUUAUGAGUAUCAGGUGAAGCCCUUUGGUUUAACAAACUCACCAGCUACUUUUCAGGGGCUAAUGAAUGAAACAUUAAGGGAAUUCUUGAGGAAGUUUGUGUUGAUUUUUUUUUAUGAUAUUCUCGUCUAUAGUGACUCUGAAGAAGCCCACCUCCAACAUCUGAAAUGUGUUCUGGAAACAAUGAGGAGUCAGAAACUGUACGCUAAGAAGAGUAAAUGUUCUUUUGCAGCAUCACGGGUAGAGUAUCUGGGUCACUUUAUUGAUAAAAAUGGUAUAUCUACGGAUCCAGC